GCGACUAUAAAUGCCAGAACAUCGACGGCAUAGCAGUCAGUACCACAGCCACCAAAAAAAAGUUCGAUUAAUAGAGCUAAAACUACCGCACAGUUUCUUAGAAAAAAACGAGAAAAACUACGAAAUAUUUGUGAUAAGCGGAAUUCGAGCUUCGAAAAUACUUAGAAUGCCACGAACUUCUCUACUUGCAAAACUAUUGUUGGCGCUGAUGCACGUGUAUCUGUUACUGCUGAACGGUGCUGACACAGCGCCAACUGCAACCGCCAACACGAAGUCAUCACCAACCUUACUAAGCCGCAACAGAGAAAAUACAACAACUGACGUAAGUAGCGUCGACAGCAGCAACAAAGCACAAUUGAAUUUGAAAUGGACGUCACGCAGCGCCUGGCAGGCGGCCCCGCCACUACACAACCCAACACACAUAGCUGCACUGGACGGCGUUUCAUAUGUGAUCAUUCAUCACACUGCAACAGCAGCAGGACACAACACCAACGAGUGUGUGGCCAGCGUUCGCGCCAUACAGCGUAACCACCAGCAGCAGCGCGGUUGGGAUGACGUCGGUUACAAUUUUCUAAUCGGUGGCAGCGACGUACGCGCCGAAAUUUAUGAAGGGCGCGGCUUCGAUGUGGUGGGCGCACAUGCCGUCGGCUAUAACUCACGCAGCGUGGGUAUCGCGCUAAUUGGCGACUGGACAGCCGACCUACCGCCACGUCCUGUGCUGGAUAAAUUGCAACAGCUCAUAACUUACGGCACACAAAUGGGCUACAUACAACGGAACUACGUGCUGCUCGGCCAUCGGCAAGUGAAGGCUACAGAAUGUCCAGGCAACCGGCUGUACAAUGCACUCAGGGCAUGGCCACACUACGUGCAACACACGACGUAAGGAUACACAAAUGGUAGAGCGAAGAGUGCGUAAGAAGACUGACGAUGAUAUGGAUGGAGCAUCAAACGUAAAAUGCGAAAGUGAAAUUAUUGACAGAAAAUUGCGUAUUGCAGAGAAUGCGCUGAAUUUACAUUUUUUUAAAUUUAAUUGCUAUUUAUUCAUUUAACAAGUUAUUUAUUGUGUGGACAAUGUAAUAUGAUUUCUUAAAGUAUUUGUGCAGAAACUUGUGCAAUAUACUUGUACGAGUGCAAUUCAUGUGCGGCAUCCAUAAGAAUCCAAUAAUUUAUAUGCCAUAUUGUAGUUGUUUAAGUGCUCAUAUGAGAGUGCGAGUGAGUAAGAAAACAAUUUAUUUGAAUUUUUUUUAUUUAUAUAAUAUAAAUAA